ACAGUUACAAAGGCGGAAACUGAACAUAACACUAUUUUAUCCACUGAAGCCUGAAGUGAUUAUUCACUACAGAUCUCUCUUUAGUGACGAUUAUUGAGUAGCAGUGGUGGAGCUCCGGAUCUCUCCUGAUGGAUUUACACACUGUGUGCUGCAGUCUGCUUCUGCUACUGACAUGUUCAGGUCGAGGCUUUGGCCAAGUGUUGGAAUUACCUGAGAGUAUAAAUAAAACAGUUGGGGAGAAUGUAGUAAUUACCCCAAAACGUAUUCCUGAUCCUCCUCACUACUCAGUCAGAUGGAACUUUAAUACAGCAAUCAUUCUUACUGGACCACCGAAUGGAGUUACUAUACUGCCACCGUACAAAGACAGAGUCAGUUUUAACGCCACAUCUUUAGCUCUGGAGCUCAGGAGCCUGACUGAGGGUGAUACUGGACAAUAUGUACUGAUUGUAGACACUACAACUACUUACACUGCUCACACCUCACUGCUGGUACUUGUCCCAGAUCCAGUCUCCAAUGUUACCAUAGUACCAAGUCAAACAGAGCUGGUCGAAUUCAACACUGUGAGUUUCGUCUGCUCUGCUUCCGGCUCCUUUUUUUCAUUUAUUUGGCUAAAUGACAGCUCUGAGAUAACAGCAGGGGAGCGAAUCCAGAUAACAGACAACAACAGCAAACUGACCAUUACCAGUGUGAUGAGAGGUGACACAGGCCCAUACGAGUGUGAAGUAUACAACAGCAUCAGCAGAAAUAGGAGUCUCCCAUUCAGCCUCACCAUUUACUAUGGUCCUGAAAAUGUUGCUGUGGCAGCAGAUCCAGAGGGACCCUUCUACAGUUCUGGAUCUAAUCUCAAAUUAAACUGCUCAGCUGAGUCCAGGCCUGCUGCUGAGUUUCAUUGGGCUGUGAAUGGAACAGAGCUUGUUAAAAAGGGCCAAGUGCUCAAACUGAACAACAUUCAGAUCAGUCACAGUGGCAAUUACACCUGCAUAGCCCAUAACACACAAACCCUACAAAACUCUGUGUCUGAACCGAUCAGCGUCAAUAUACUAGAUAGAGGGAGUGAAGGAGGAGAUGGAGAUUCACUGUCUGCAGGAGCUAUAGCUGGGAUUGUUAUUGGAGUUUUAUUAGCUGUUGCUGCAAUUGCUGGUUUGAUUUUCUAUUUUGUGAAAGUAAAAGAGCCAAGAACAACUCCAGAGGAAAUAACCAGAGUGGAGCAACACAUAAUGCAGGUGGACAUGAUUCACAGUAUGAAAAUAUCCCCAGAUUCCAUAAUCUGAACACCAGGGUGACUGUGGGUGGAUCUGACACUCAGAUGCCUCACACACCUCACCCUGUUAUGGAUACAUACUAUGAAAAUAUGGUCGGCUCCCAUAACAAUCCUGUGAUGCGUCACACACCUCACCCUGAUGAGGGAGUAAUAUAUGAAAACCCCUGACAUGCAGAAAUCAGCUCUUUUUUGAUAAUGAGUGUGACUGAUCCUUGCUGAUGUUUUGGUGAUGCAUUUUGUGAGCUGCUUUCAUGCAGCCCUUCAGGACGACUUAAAACACGGCAACCACAAAACUCAGUUAAACUCUGUACAGUACUACUCUGAAACUAUAAAACUGUAUGCUCAUCUGUCCUCUUCUUGGCACGUUUACAAACUGUCCAGACAUUUGAAUUUUUAACAAACAUUAUGUCCCUCAUUGCUCCUAAUGGUUAAUUUUUAAUGUAUUGUUAUAUGCAUAAAACUGUGUCAAAUCGCACCUGAAUG